AUGGCAUAUUCCGUGGUUGUAAAAGAACUAAAGUCUUCGGAUGGGAACAAAAUAUACGCCGAAGCAAUCGGAGACCCAUCAAAGCCUAGCAUCAUUCUUGUGCAUGGGAUCAUGCUGUCGUGUGCGAUAUGGGACAAUUUGUUUGAAGAUCAAAAAUUGGUUGAGAGGCUUUACUUGAUUCGUUACGACGUCCGAGGUCACGGUCGAAGCGGGAAGCCGGACAGUAUUGAAGGACACGCUUCGUCGUUAUACGCGGCUGACUUCAAGACGGUAGCGGAUGCCUUCGGCGCCAAAAAGCCUCUUGAAGGAACUACCGGUGCUGACAUUUGUGCGCACUUGGAUCCCAUCCCGUUGGCUGGAAUGGUUUACAUGUGCGCGCUUCCGUACGUCGAUCCUGCGCUCAUCCAAGCUGUUGCGACGCCAGCACUUUUGAAUGUGGCCAAGGGCGUUACAGUCGACGACAACGCCGUGUCAGCCAUUGAUUCGCGCAUCAAAUUCACCGAGGCGCUUUUCAGAGAUCACCAUUCAGUUCCUUGGAAAACAAAGUUGACCUGCCUUGGAUCAAGUACUCUCAUGGCGCCUAGAGACUGUCGCUUCGUUAUUAGUCGUCCGCAAAAUGAAGAAAAGUUGAUGGAGGCAGGAAGGAAUGGAAUGCCGCUGCUGGUUAUUGUUGCGGCACAUGACGAGGUAGUGAAUGGAGAGGUGGCGGUGAAAACGUUUGAGCCACAUUUUACGCGUAUCGAGGUCAAGCGAAUUUCGAAUUCCGGACACGCAGCGCACAUAGAUCAGCAGGAUGAAUUCGUCAAUGUGCUGCUGGAGUUUACGCUUGGGUGUAAACAUUUGAGCAACAAGCUGUAUGCCGUACUGUAA